GCUGCUACGUUCAAUGUUUCCUAAGCGAAAAAUCAUCCCCAAAUUGCUCCAAUUAACCUAUCAACAGUCAACAAAUAUUUCUACAAACAAUGUGCCGUUCCUUAAAAUACCAGGCCCGAGAAGAAUUCCCCUGAUCGGCAUGCUCAACGAAGUCAUGCACCUCGGAAAACCAGCUGAGUUGCAUUUGCGCAUCUCCAAGUAUCACGAUACGUACGGGGACAUUUUCCGGUUGCAGAUCGGACAACAGCAUACCGUUUUCGUGCGUGAUCCGGGUUUUAUGCGAAAAACGUUCCAACUAGAGGGCCCAUUUCCAAGACAUCCGCUGCCCGAGUCAUGGACAUACUUUAACAAGAAGUUUAACUUUCAGCGCGGCCUGUUUUUCAUGGACGGACAAGAGUGGGUACAGGCUAGGCAAAUUUUCAACAAGCCAUUGCUGAAAGACUUCACCUGGAUGGAACCGUCGAUCCAGGCUGUAUGCGAAUCGAAAGUGAACGAAAUUAAGAGUACCUGUGAUAAAGACGCUGCAUUUGAAAAUAUUGAAUCGUUCCUUUAUCGAUGGUCUGUAGAAGUGGUUUUAAGCGUGAUGCUGGGUAAAUCUUUCCAAAUGUGCCAAACGUCGGUCGUGUUUCAGGAGUUGAUUCAACAGUUCUCCCAUGUGGUGUAUGAAAUCUUCCAGCACACUUCGGAGCUGAUGAAUAUUCCUCCGGCGAUAGCGGACAAACUGAACGUACAAGCUUGGCAACAGUUUGAAAAAGUGGUGCCUGAAACUAUUCGUUUGGCAACUGAAAUAAUUGAAUUUGGUAUUCAGUACAAAAACACAAAUAGCGGCCUGCUAGAUAUAAUGUCAGAGAAGUUAGAGAAAUCCUUGAUGAUGCGAAUAUUUAUCGACUUUAUUGUUGCUGCUGGAGACACGACUGCUUUUGCCACCGUGUGGGCGCUUCAUCUGCUGGCGAGCAAUCGUGACGUCCAACAGCAAGUUAGACGGGACGUGCAGGAUUCAAAUAGUUUGGAGUGUACUGCUAUCAAAGGGGUUGUUCGCGAAACACUUCGCCUCUUCCCGGUUGCUCCAUUCAUUGGACGAUUUAUUGAAAAUGAUGCCGUGUUCGGCGAGUACAAUGUGCCGAAAGAUACUCUUGUGUUACUGUCGCUGUACAGCUCAGGAAGGGAUGGACGGUUUUUCAGCGACCCAGAACGAUUCAACCCGUAUCGUUGGGAUCGUACUAACGCUCAAAACUCGCCCAACAGUACCACGGCUUCCGCUUCGUUACCAUUCGCUAUCGGCGCACGGUCAUGCAUUGGGCAGAAAAUAGCACAGCUACAAAUGCACUACCUCCUGUCGAUGAUACUCAAGAAAUUUGAUUUGCUGAUUCCCGAACAGCACCAGCACCAGCAAAUUAAGCCCAUAUUGAAGAUGAUUACGGUACCAAAUAUGUCUGUCAAAGUUGCAUUUAAUUCUAUCUAGGCCCUUGGCUGCUAGCUGCUAAGCAACACAGAUUUAAUCUUGUUCAACUCAGUAACGCAACACGUUACAUCGAAAAAACGUCUUCCAACUGAUUUUAUUAUAAUUUAGCCA